GCUCAAUAUAAUAAUAAACAAAUAGAUAAGCAGCCGAUAUCGCUAUCAGUUUAAGCUACUCGACGAGAAGAUACGCUUAAAGGAUAGGUGACUUAUAGUGUCGUGCAAGGCGUUGAAAGGCGGUUAGUCAAUCGGAUCGCAUCAACGAUGGAGGUGGACUUAUUCACGGCGCUCGCCAUCGGAGCCAUAAUUUUGCUGCUUUUUCACUACGUGUCGAAAAAGUACCAUUAUUUUCUCGCAAAGCCGGUACCUUGUGUGAAGCCGAGUUUCUUUUUCGGCAGCGGCAAACCGCUGAUGUUUCGCAAACUGGAUCUAACUUCUCACAUUAAGAUCCUAUACGAUACGUUUCCGGAUUCUAAGAUCGUUGGUUUCUAUGACUUUAUGAAACCGAUCUUUAUGCUGCGUGAUCCGGAGGUGGUCAAGAAGAUUGGUGUAAAGGAUUUCGAUUACUUCAUGGAUCACACUCCUAUUAUGACCGGAAGUCAAGAUGAGGGAAUCGACACCGAUAGCCUGUUCGGAAACUCACUGUUUGCACUACGAGGCCAGAAGUGGCGCGACAUGAGGGCUACCUUGAGUCCGGCCUUUACCGGCAGCAAGAUGAGGCACAUGUUCGAUCUGGUGGCGCAAUGUGCCCAGUCUAUGAAUAGUUUCUUCCUUGCGGAAGCGAAAGCCGGAAAGCGGUUGGAGUAUGAAAUGAAGGAUAUUUUUUCACGGUUCGGCAAUGAUGUUAUUGGUACGGUUGCGUUUGGCAUCCAGGUGGAUUCGUUGAAGGAUCAAGACAAUGAAUUUUAUACGAAAGGCAAAGAAAUGCUGAAUUUUCAAUCGGUGAAGGGUUUGGUGAAGGCCCUGAUGUUGAGAAGCAUGCCUCGUUUGUCGCAGAAAUUGGGGAUUGACUUUUUCGAUACGAGUCUAACAGAUUACUUUAAGAAAAUGAUCAUUGAUAAUAUGAAGCAGAGAGAUGUCCAUGGAAUUGUGCGCAAUGAUAUGAUACACAUGCUGAUGGAAGUUCGGAAAGGUGCUUUGAAACAUUCGAAAGACGAGCAGGAUCAGAAAGAUGCGGGAUUCGCCACGGUUGAAGAAUCCAGUGUUGGAAAAUCGGUACAUUCUAGGGUGUGGACGGAAAACGAAUUGAUUGCGCAGUGUUUUCUGUUUUUCUUAGCUGGAUUCGAUACCGUCUCCACAUGCAUGACUUUUUUGACCUACGAACUGGCAAUCAACCCUGACAUUCAGAAACGUCUGUAUGAAGAAAUUAAGGAAACGGAACAAUCUCUCAAUGGCAAACCCCUGUGUUAUGAAGUGCUGCAGAAAAUGACGUACAUGGAUAUGGUGGUAUCGGAAGCACUUCGAAUGUGGCCUCCAGCAGUAGUUUCCGACCGAUUUUGCGUCAAAGAUUACGUUUUCGAUGACGGAGCUGGAACACGUUUCAUAAUUGAAAAAAAUCAAACAAUUUGGAUUCCAACGAUCGCCAUCCACAGUGAUCCCAAGUACUACUCGAACCCGGCUAAAUUUGAUCCGGAGCGUUUCAACGAGGAAAACCGGUCGAAAAUCGAUGCCGGGGCAUAUCUUCCGUUCGGCGUUGGCCCACGGAACUGCAUCGGAUCCCGAUUGGCCCUGAUGGAGGUUAAAUUGAUGUUGUACUGCCUGCUGAAAGACUUCAACCUGGAACCGACUGAGCAGACGCAAAUUCCGCUGCAACUGUCGAAAAGUGUGUUUGCCCUUAAAGCAGAGAAGGGUGUGUGGUUGGAGAUGAAACCGAGGAACAUGUGAAGUACUGGGAAGGGAGGUAUUUUUAUAUUGGCAGUACAGUUAAUAUAGCCGGCAGGCAGU